UGUGUGUGUUUGUGUGUGUGCGAGAUCAGGAACAGCUCCAAUGCCUGAACAUUUUUGCGCUGUCUUUUCACAUUUCAGUAGUUUCCGUUAAUGCGUUCGGCUCGUUGAAAAGUGUCUGUACUUGGGAUUUGAUUUUUAAUUUUUUUAUUUUACGUUUCGGUUUAGUUUUCAAAAAGUAACGCGUCGCUGCUCAAUAAAGUGUUACAACAACAAUUCAAAAUAAUAAAAAAUAUUAAAUAUAAAGAAAAGACAGUUUAAAAAGGGUGCCCAUCAAAUUCUUGAUGCGUGCCCGUGGAAAUUCGCCAGACAGUUUAUGUAAACAAAACUAACGCAAAAUAAACAUUAAAAAAAAAAAAAAGAUUAAUCGUUAAAUAAAAAAGAAGAUAAAAACAAUUGUGUAAAAAGUUGAGUCGAUUUUUGUUAAAUUUUUUGUUGAGUGCAAAAAGCGAGAGAAAAUGCCGCUCUAUUCGGAUUCGAGCAACUAUUAUUACAGCGGCGGCAGCAGCCAGCUGUAUUCACCAUAUUAUAGCUCCGGCAGCAGCGGCAGCAGCAGCAGCCCCAGCAGCUAUACAUCCAGCUAUAAUCGAUCCUAUACGGGCAGCUAUAUGGUGCCGCUGCUGCCUUCGCCCCGCUCGCCCAGCUACACCAGCAGCAGCGCCAUUAGCAGCAUUGGCAGCGGCAGCCCCAGCGGCAGCAGCAGCAGCAGCAUCUUGGGCUUAUCCUCGCGCUAUCAGCCCAAGCUGACCACCAUAAAGGAGGUGUCGGCACUGACGGGCCGGCACAGCGGGCACAGUAGCCUCAUGCCGCUCACACGCAUCCAGUCACCCAAGUACACGUCUGUGUCCAGCUAUGGCAGCAACAGCAGCAGUCGCUAUAUACCGCCGCGACCCAUUGCCAUUAAUACGGCGGAUAUAGAUGUCAGCUCGGCGAGAUAUAAGCGCUCAGCUGAGUCCGUAGAGCGCAAGCGUGAGACUGAACUGGCCAAAGAACAGCAGCAACAGCAACAGCAGCAGCAGCAACAGCAGCAACAGCAAUCAAAGCAGCAGCAGCCAAAGGAAGAGCACCAGCAACGAGAGCAACAUCAGCAACGGGAGCAACAGCAGCAACAGGAGCAACAGCAGCAACAGGUAAUGCAACCAAGACGGUCGACCAUACGCCGGAAUCGCGCUGUGGUGCGUCUAUCCACCAUACGCAGACGCAGUAAGGAGCGCGUUGAGGAGACGCCAGCGCAGAUCGAACAACAGCAGGAGCAUCAAUUUCGGGAUCUGCCGCCGGCAGCAGAGCCCAGUCUGAGCUGGCGCCAGAAGUUGGCUGACGAGCUGGCCGCAUUUCCCACAGCCAGUAAUAAAAAGUCACCCGGCGAGCUGCUGCGCGAACGUUUCUUCAUACGCGAUGAGAAGCAAGAGACAGCAGCGCCGCGGCAACAACAGCAACAGCAGCAGCUGCAGCAGCCGGCACAAGCGCAGAUUCAGCUGCAACAGACGCCUGCGGCAAGCAGCGAUGAGGAGUCCGAAGUGGAGCGCGAGCAGGAACAGGAGCAGGAGAAGGUGGAGAAGACCGCCCAGAUAACCGAGUCCAUACGCCGCUUGAGUCUGGUGCAGUGCCCCACAUUUCAUGACAUUUGCGAGGACAUCUCCUCGGACAAGAUCGAUGAUGAUUUGAAUGCCGGCGAGCUGCGACGUCGCGCCUCUAUCAUACAGGAACAGGAGCAGGAGCUCCUCAACAAGCUGCAAAAGUCGAGCUCGGGCAGCUUCCAGCUGAUACAUCUGGAGCGGCGCAGCAGCCAUGACAGCACCACAGCGGACGAGGCGCAAUCCUCGAAUGCCGUCAAGCAGCCCAAGAAGAAGAGCAAGAAGCUGCGCCACAAAAUCACCGCCGUUGUGGAUGUGGAUAAUGCAUUGGUGGGCCAGCAGCACAUGCCCAGCGUCCAAGAACUGGAGGAGGUGGUGGCGCCUGCCAGCAGUCCUAGGCCGAAGUUUACGGCCAAUGUGGAGACAAUGGAGGAACAUCAUCAGAUACACAAAAUCUUUAAGUUGCCCAAGAAAAAGUUGCCGCCGCCCAUGGCGCCACAGGAGGUACAUGCGCUGCCUGAGGGCUUUAUGAAAGCAGCGCCCAAGGCAAAGACAUCGCCGCUAAAGAAAGCGCCCAAGUCGAAGGAGCAGCAGCAGCAGGAACAGCAUGUGAGCGUUGCCCAAAUAUUUACCUUCGAUGAGGCGUCCAUUCAGCAGAGUCAGGCCACAGGCACGCCCACCACAGCCGUGCCCGUCAAGACAGAAGGCGCUGCCACGCCCAUAGUCGUACCCGUCAAGACAGAGGGCGUUGCCACGCCCAAACUCAUACGCAAGGCCCUGCAAAAGUCGGAAAGCGGCGAGGAUUUCUGGUCACAGAUCGGCUCCCGGGAGACGCUUUACAUGAGCAAUCGCAAGAAGGCGCUGGUCGAGCGUCAGCUGGAGGUAACCCCAGAAUCAGCUGAGCCGUCGACAAAGGACGCUGCAGCAACAACAACAGCAGCAACAUCAACAAAACCUUUGCUUAAGUCAGAAAUUGUUAUUGCACUGACACCAAUUAACGCAGAGGUAGCAACACUGCAGAAAACAACCACAGAUAAAGGUCCAACAUCAGGCGAAGCAACAGCUAAGGUGGCAGCAGCAGCAGCAACAGCAAAGACAACAACAACAUUGGCAGCCACAACAACUACACAAAUAUCAGCAGCAAAAACAACAGCAACAGUUACUAAAACUGAAGCAACAACAAUUGCAGCUGCAAUAAGUUCACCCAAAUCCACGCCAGCAACACCCAAGCUAGCAACAACAACAGCAGCAGCAACAACAACACAAAUACCAGCAUCAAAACCAACAGCAGCAAUGUCUAAAAAUGAAGCAACAACAACUGCAGCUGCAAUAAGUUCACCCAAAUCCACCCCAGCAACACCCAAGCUAGCAACAACAACAGCAGCAUCAACAACAACACAAAUACCAGCAUCAAAACCAACAGCAACAAUAACUAAAACUGCAAUAAGUUCACCCAAAUCCACCCCAGCAACACCCAAGCUAGCAACAACAACCACAGCAGCAACAGCAAAGUCAACAACAGUAGCAGGAACAACAACUGCAGUUGCAAUAAGCCCAACAUCAGCAACAGUCACAACUGCAAAAUCGGCAGAGGCAGCAAUCGAAAACAAAAACGAAGCAGCAAUAGGUUCACCAAAAUCCACGCCAGCAACAUCAAGCUUAACUGCUGCAACAACUGCAGCAGCAUUAAAAUUAUCCGCAAAAACAACAGCGGAAAAUGUGGCAACAACUGUUGGAAAAGGAAGCACAGUCAAGCCAGCAGCAACAGUUGCUGCAGUAGCAACACCGUCUGGCAACGCCAUCGACGGCGCUGUAACCAUGGCAACGGCAUUAACAAUAACAACAGCAACAGCAGCAGCAGCUGGCAAAUCAAAACUGAUCGAAAUGGCGGCAGCAACAACAAUAGCAAAAACAACGGCAGCAACAGCGACAGCAGCGCCAAAAAUAAAUGCCGGGCAAGCAGCCAAGUCACCUGAACAACAACAGGCAACAGCAGCAGCAACAGCAAUGGCUGCGGCAGCGGGAGCAACGAAAAUAAAUAAAACAACGCAUAAUAAUGAUCGACAGCAGCAGCAACCACCAGACAACGCAGCAGCAGCAGCAACAAUAGCAACAACAACAACAACAACAGUGAAACAACAAACGGAAACUAAAUCGAAAUUGACGGAAACCGUUGAGCCAAAGUCAAAGGUGCAAUCACCGAAAACGACAAAGCAAAAAAGUGCUGGCAAAACUGCGACGCCAGCAACAGCAGCCAAAAAGAAAGUCGCACCGACUCCCACAGCAGCAGCAGCAACAGCAGCAACAGCAUCAACAACAACAACAACAACAACAACAACAGCAACAAGCUCGUUGCCAGACAGCAAUGUGACCCCAAUCAAUGCCGAUCAAUUUAUAACGUUGGCCCCCACUAAGGCGGCCAUUGCAGCGGCAGCGGCCAAAACGUUGCCGGCGGCCACAAAUGCGUCAUCACCGGCAACGACUGCAAUUGCAACAGUGGCCGCAGCAGCAUCAGCAAUUGCAACCACAGCAACGGCGACAACGCCUACAACAGCAACAGCAGCAGCUGCAGCAGCGGCAGCAAUAACAAUAGCAACAACUGGCGAUGAGCAGAAGAUUCAGCCACGAUCUGUUGCUGCUGUCGACGCGGCCGUUGCUGCUGCUGCUGCUGCUGCUGCUGUCGACAAUGAGCGCAGCAACAACAGCUGCGGCGAAGGCGUCGGCAAUAAUUUAUCAAAGUUUGCAACAGUAUCGAAUUUGGCACAGUGUCUGCGAGACGUUGACGCCGAGCUAGAGGACUAUAUACCCUCGUCCGCGGAAAAUAGCGACGACGACGACGACGACAGUUCAGGCGAUUACUCCAGCGCGGACGGUUGUGCGAAUUUGAGUGCCAGCAUGAAGAAGAAGCAGCGCAAGGAGAAGAAAAAGCAAAAGGCUAAAGAAGCGACGCCCGCACGCUUCGAUCCGCAAAAGAAAAUCAAAAUCGAUACUACCAGCAAAUGCUAUGUGAAAGAGGAGGCGCCACGAUAUCCGCUGGUGGCCACACCUCGUCCGCUCUGGAAGCGCGAAAAGAUUGUCUACUCCGAUGAGAAUACGGAUGAUGAGAGCAGCGAGGAGAGCAGCGAGGCAACGGCCGGCUCACUAGAUGAGGAGAGCGAUGAGGAUGACAGCGAUGCAUGCAGCAGCAGCAACAGUAGCGGCAGCAGUUCCUCCGAAUUCGACGAGGAGACGGCAACCACAGCGGCAACCCACGAGAAACGCACAAAUGCCGCCAAUACAAAUACCGCCAACACACUGGCGCCGACGGCCAACAACAGCAACAGCAACAGCUCGGCCAGCGCCUCGGCAACGGCAUCGGGCAGCGCAUCCGUCUCCAGCUCGCCAUCGAUCAUACGGAUGAGCACGUGCAGCAAUGAUUCCGGCUUCGAGGGCGGCACCGCACCAUCCAGUCCCAAAAAGAUGCUAGAAUGUGACGUGAAUUGUCACAAGAAAUGCGAACGGCUCACGGCCAAUUUAUGCGGCGUCAAUCAGAAACUCAUCGUCGAGGCGCUCAACCACGUAAAACGAGGCGCACGUGAGACACGAGACUCGCCCAGCACACCGCCCAGCUGCAAUCCUGCCUAUAAGAUCGAGGCCAACGAUGAACACGAUGAAACAUCUUAUACAUAUUCACAAUUCCAAAAAUCUGGACGUUUCACCGCGCCAGCCACAGUAAUACCUAGAUUUAAGAAUUAUUCGGUAGAUGAUUUUCAUUUUCUGGCCGUGCUGGGCAAAGGCAGCUUUGGCAAGGUACUGCUGGCUGAGCUACGUGAUACGACAUAUUAUUAUGCCAUCAAGUGCCUCAAGAAGGAUGUGGUGCUCGAGGACGAUGACGUGGACUCCACGCUGAUUGAGCGCAAAGUAUUGGCCCUGGGCACCAAGCAUCCAUAUCUAUGCCAUCUAUUUUGCACAUUUCAAACGGAGAGCCACUUGUUCUUUGUGAUGGAAUAUUUAAAUGGCGGAGAUCUAAUGUUUCAUAUACAGGAGAGUGGUCGAUUUUCGGAGGAGCGUGCGCGUUUCUAUGGCGCUGAAAUUAUCUCCGGGCUCAAGUUUCUCCACAAAAAGGGCAUUAUAUAUAGGGAUCUCAAAUUGGAUAACGUAUUGCUAGACUAUGAGGGUCAUGUGCGUAUUGCCGAUUUUGGCAUGUGCAAAUUGCAAAUAUAUUUGGAUAAAACGGCCGAUAGUUUUUGCGGCACACCCGAUUAUAUGGCGCCCGAAAUUAUCAAGGGUGAAAAGUACAAUCAGAAUGUCGAUUGGUGGUCCUUUGGUGUGCUGCUCUACGAAAUGCUUAUCGGUCAAUCUCCAUUCAGCGGCUGCGAUGAGGAUGAGCUCUUCUGGUCGAUAUGCAAUGAGAUUCCAUGGUUUCCCGUCUACAUAUCAGCCGAGGCAACGGGCAUUCUCAAGGGCCUACUGGAAAAGGAUUAUACGAAACGCAUUGGCUCCCAAUAUAGUCCAGCUGGUGAUAUAGCAGAUCAUUUAUUCUUCAGGCCCAUUGACUGGAAUCUGCUCGAGAAGAGGCAAAUUGAGCCGCCCUUCAAGCCCCAAGUGAAACAUCCACUGGAUACGCAAUAUUUCGAUCGUGUAUUCACCAGAGAACGCGUACGCUUAACGCCCAUCGAUAAGGAAAUACUCGCAUCCAUGGAUCAGAAACAGUUCCAUGGCUUCACCUAUACAAAUCCGCACAUCACUUUGGACUAGAUACACACGUAUAUCUCUAGUACAUUGAUGUGCUCCUUGGGCAAUGUGCUGGGCAUAUACCAUAUAUCAUUAGCAUAUUUCUAUAAUAUAUAAUAUAUAUAUUUAUAUUAUAUUUAAUCCUAACCCCAAAACCAUAUCCCAAAUUACUUAUUAGAGCAACAGUAUUUGUAUAUGUAUGUAUAUAUAUCUAUUAUAUGAUUAUAUCAUUAUUUUUUUGUCUAAGUGUAUAAAAAGUUUUUUUUUUUCAAUUUAUGCAUUAAUAUCUCUCGAUAUGCAUAUAAAUACAUUAUAAUUGAACUAGGCUUACGUAAAUGUAUCAAUGUGCAUAUUCCUAGUUGAGUAAAGCUGAGCCAAAUGUGAUUUCAGUGGAACGAACAAAAUAUAUAGACAGGGCAGAAAUUUUAUCUAGAAGUUUCCGAAAUUGAUUUAAGAAAAAAAA